UCCCAACCCAGCAGACAGGAGGAGCAGACGCAGCACCUAGCUGGAGGGACAGGAUGGAGGGGCCCGUGUCAACACUGGGGCUCUUGGCUGCCCUGGUUGUGUGUGGCAGCUGGGGUCUCAAUGAGGAGGAGCGGCUGAUCCAGCACCUGUUUAAGGAGAAGGGCUACAACAAGGAGCUGCGGCCCGUGGCUCACCCCGACGAAAGCGUGGCCAUCUCGCUGGCCCUCACUCUCUCCAACCUCAUCUCCCUGAAAGAAGUCGAGGAGACCCUGACCACCAACGUGUGGAUCGAGCACGGCUGGACAGACAGCCGGCUGCAGUGGGACGCCCAGGAUUUCGGGAACAUCAGCGUCCUGCGCCUGCCGCCUCACAUGCUGUGGCUGCCGGAGAUCGUGCUGGAGAACAACAAUGAUGGCUCCUUCAAGAUUUCCUACUCCUGCAACACGCUGAUCUAUCCUUCAGGCUACGUGUACUGGCUGCCGCCCGCCAUCUUCCGCUCUUCUUGCCCCAUCUCCGUCACUUACUUUCCCUUCGACUGGCAGAACUGCUCCCUCAAGUUCAGUUCGCUCAAGUACACGGCCAAGGAGAUCACCCUGAGCCUGAAGCAGGAACAAGAAGGGGACCGCUCAUACCCCGUGGAGUGGGUCAUCAUCGACCCCGAGGGCUUCACAGAGAACGGGGAGUGGGAGAUAGUGCACCGGCCAGCCAGGGUCAACGUGGACCCCAGUGCCCCACUGGACAGCGCAGGCCACCAAGACGUCACCUUCUACCUCAUCAUCCGCCGCAAGCCCCUCUUCUACGUCAUCAACAUCCUGGUGCCCUGCGUGCUCAUCUCCUUCAUGAUCAACCUGGUCUUCUACCUGCCGGCCGACUGUGGCGAGAAGACGUCAAUGGCGAUCUCAGUGCUCCUGGCACAGUCUGUCUUCCUGCUGCUCAUCUCCAAACGGCUGCCCCCCACAUCCGAAGCCAUCCCCCUCAUCGGCAAGUUCCUGCUCUUUGGGAUGGUGCUGGUGACCGUAGUCGUCGUGGUCUGUGUCAUCGUGCUCAACAUCCACUUCCGCACGCCCAGCACCCACGUGCUGCCCGAGGGCACCAAGAAGCUUUUCCUAGAGACCCUGCCCAAGUUCCUGUACAUGUCCCUGCCGGAGGAGGAUGGACCCAGUCCUGGGGCCCUGGUGCGGAGGAGCAGCUCCCUGGGUUACAUCUCCAAGGCCGAGGAAUACUUCUCGCUCAAGUCCCGGAGCGACCUCAUGUUCGAGAAGCAGUCCGAGCGGCACGGGCUGGCCCGGCGCCUCACCACGGCCCGCCGGCCCCCAGCAGGCUCCGAGCAGGCGCAGCAGGACCUGUUCAGUGAGGUGAAGCCAGCUGUGGAUGGGGCCAACUUCAUUGUCAACCACAUGAGGGACCAGAACAACUACAAUGAGGAGAAGGACUGCUGGAACCGGGUAGCCCGCACGGUGGACCGACUCUGCCUGUUUGUGGUGACACCUGUCAUGGUGGUGGGCACAGCCUGGAUCUUCCUGCAGGGCGCCUACAACUUGCCCCCACCCCAGCCUUUCCCCGGGGACCCCUUCUCCUACCGGGAGCAGGACAGGCGCUUCAUCUAGAGCACGCGCACCCUGCCCGGCCUGGCCCCGCUCUCAGGGCAGCUUUGGGGGGGCUUUUGGCCUGAAAGGGGUGGGCCUUCAGGGCUGGCAGGGAUGCCCAAGAAAGGACGAGCUCUUCGAGGGGGGCGACUCUGGGCCCCGAGGCUUGAGCCCAGCUGACCCUGCAGGGCUGGCGUGGAGACUGGCUCCUGAGACAAGCAGAGGAGGGCGAAGGCCCAGUCCUCAGUAAACAAAAACAAGAGCCCCCGGGAAGGCUGGGGGGCCGGGCAGGGCGAUUUGGGGGGCAGACAGGGCCUGGUUCAAUGCUGACCUUUCAGGACCCCUGUGUGAGAAAGACAGAGGCCUCUUCUUGCCUCCCUUCCCCUGGGCAGGGCUGGAGCAGGUGGGCCCUGCACCCUCACUUCCUGGUUCCUCAAGCUUCCCUGCUCCUGUCCACCCCUGGCCUUGGGCUUCUGAGGCCCCACCGGGAGCCAAGGUCAGGGGCACCUCCCUCUCCAGGCCCUUCAGGGAAGCGGGUUUUGGGCAGGUGCUGCAGAGUGGCCUGCCUGCCUUGGCCACUCUGGCUGGGUCCCUGUGGGACUCUGGGGGCCGAGGUGGAAGGGCUGGGCUAGCAGCCACAGGGGUCAGCGCU